CUGAAGGUACAUCACGAGUGACAGUGUGGGACACAGGGGAAAAAGGAAAGAAAGCACAAAGAAGCGUUUAUUUUGGGUUUGGGCCUCCCAGAAACUUCGUGUUUGGUUGGUUACCUGGAAUAUUUUGCUUGUACCCGGAAACUCCCAAGUAUGUCUUGAUUAGAAUCCACCAUGCAGCGAUUGAGGAGCUCAGGGAGCUCAAUAUGGGGCAAUCUAGUUUCAACGCCCCGGUUGAAAAGGAAGGCUUCGAAUACAUGGGCUGCUGUGCAAGACGCCUUUUUUUCAACAAAGGAUACAUUUGAGAGGAACAAGGUGGUAUUUACUGUUGGAACUUCCCUAGCAUCAGUUGCUACAGCAUGGAUUGGAUAUUCUUUACGUUACUAUCAUGAAACAAGAAUUGAUCAAAGGCUUGAAACAAUUGAAAAAGCUAUGAGAAACAGUAAUAAUCUCGAACAUUCAGAACUUAGAGAGAUUGCUGGCUCGGGAAGUAUCAGUGCUCCUACUUGUUUUGCCACUGCUGGAACCACUUUAAUUAUUGGGUAUGGCUUGGGCUGGAGAGGUGGAAAGUGGUAUGCAAAUAGGAAUUUCAGAAAGGAGCAGAUGAAGUUGCUAGGACAGAAAAAUCCUAGAGGUUGGCAGAUAAAUCCUAGAGGUUGGCAAUUGCUUGGUCAGGUAACAACACAAGAUGGUUAUAUACUUAGUAUGCAGAGAAUUCCAGCGGGGAGGUCAGGAAAGACUGCGGGAAAGAGGCCGCCCGUUUUGUUACAGCAUGGCCUCUUGAUGGAUGGGAUAACAUGGCUGCUAUUACCUCCAGACCAAUCUUUGGCUUUCCUCUUGGUUGAUAAUGGAUUCGAUGUGUGGCUUGCUAACACACGUGGAAGCAAAUAUAGCCGUGGGCACACGUCACUCAGUCCCAAUGAGCAAGCUUAUUGGGAUUGGUCAUGGGAUGAAUUGGUUGCUUAUGAUCUUCCAGCCACAUUCCAGUAUGUGCAUAAUAAAGCAGGACAGAAACUGCACUAUGUUGGGCAUUCACUGGACCAGCUGUUGAACGUGCUGAGAUCAACAGCCUUACUUUGCCCAAUUGCUUAUAUGGGUCAGAUUGCCUCACCACUUGCAAAAAAUGCUGCUGACAAUUUUCUUGCGGAGGCAUUAUACUGGUUGGGUAUCGAUGAAUUUAAUCCAAGAGGUGCGGCUGUGAUUAAACUUCUUAAGGAUAUUUGCAACAAGCCAGGAGUUGACUGCACCAACUUGUUAACUGCUUUCACUGGCCAAAACUGCUGCUUGAAGUCUUCCAUAGUAGAUGUUUUUCUUGACCACGAGCCUCAGUCAACAUCUACAAAGAACAUGAUCCAUCUGGCUCAGAUGAUUAGGGAAGGAAGUAUAGCAAUGUAUGAUUAUAAUGAUGAGGUUGAGAACAUAAAACACUAUGGGCAGCCCACUCCUCCUGUGUACAACAUGACAAGCAUUCCAAAUGACCUUCCUUUCUUCCUAAGCUACGGAGGGGCUGAUGCUCUAGCUGAUGUCAAAGAUGUGAAGCUCUUGUUGGACAACCUUAAAGAUCAUGAUGGAGAUAAGCUUGUUAUUCAGUACAGAGAUGAUUAUGCUCAUGCAGACUAUGUUAUGGGACAAAAUGCUAUACAAGUUGUCUAUGAUCCUCUCAUGGCUUUCUUUAGGCUUCAAUGAGGAUAUUACUUUGGGGAAAAAAUUGGUGUCGAUAUGCUUGUUUCAUAUAGUUAGUGGCAAGCAAUAGUGUAUAUAUCCACAGUAUAGCCUAAUCAAAAUUUGUUUGUUCACUGCAAA